AUGAAUCUCACAAUAGUCACGUUAUCCGGGGUCACCUUCGACUCGGUCUUGAACUUGACGUAUUCGAUCCGUUUGAACGCGGCAGGGUCGUACGCCGGCGUAUCUGAGCCUAUAUCGAUGAUGGCAGCAAUCUCGGGAUGGCUUUCCUCGAAAACACUGGGGUUAUGCACAGAAUCUGUUUGGCGCAACGUUUUCAUCCCCAGCAACGGCGACACUGGCUUACCCGCGGCCUGCAUGGGCGUAGAUAGUGUCACCACCUUGUCCCAUUUCUCUUUGUUCUUGAGCCCCCACUUAUCCCCACUGAUUUGGGCCUUGAUCUGUAACACCCAGGUGCAGUUGAUGUUGAGACCGAGAGCCUCGACGAACUGGUAG